AUGGACAGAGCGAUUGACAAUGACUCAUGGGUUCCUAGAUGCAAUCACUCUGAUGAGUACAAGUUCACCACCUACAACGUAGUUUAUGGCCUUGUGUUCAUCUUUGGUCUUCUGGGCAACACUGGUGCACUCUUUGUAUUCUGCAAGCUGUCCGUGAAGAACCGACUCUCCACCAUCUUCCUCAUUCACUUGGCGGCUUCUGACCUACUCUUCAUCCUUACGCUGCCGUUCCGGAUCGCCUUCAAUGUAUCUCAAGGAUUGGCCAAUAGUGAUGCAAAAGCCCAGGCCGGUUCAACUACCUCAUACCUGGGUUUAGCCUGUCGUGUUUCCACUUUUGUGUUCUACAUCAGUAUGUACUGCAGCAUCUACUUCCUUACUGCCCUCAGUGUCUCUCGCUACCUGGUUCUGGCGGGUCGUGUGCGACUCCAGAACAGUGAGGCAUGCAGGCUGGCUCGCAUGCUCUGCAUAGCCAUCUGGGUCUUUGUGCUUGGAGGGAUGAUAAUAUACCUUGCCAGCACAUCCGGAUUCAAUAUUCAAGCUCAAGGCUGUUUUGAGCCCACCGGGGAGUCCUGGGAACUGCUUUAUCAUAUAAAUCUAGUGGUUCUGGUCCUUGGCUUUGCUCUUCCUCUAGUUGUGGUGUUGCUGUCCUAUGCGCUGAUGAUCCGGCACAUUCUACAGAUGCAGGCAGGACAAAGACAGCGGGACGUGGCACUGGUCUGCCUGGUUCUAGCUGUCUUUUGUAUUUGUUUUUUGCCAUAUCACAUUCAGCGAACACUACACCUUUACUAUAUGGUGCAUCCUCCACAGGACCCUUGUUCACAGAUGGCCAUCCUGCAGAAGACAGUGGUGAUCACGUUAUGCUUUGCUGCUGCUAAUAGCUGUCUGGAUCCACUCAUUUUCCUGUUUGUAGGGCAUGGUUUUAUUCCUGUGAUGAAAAAGCUGAUGGCUCAGAAUUGGUGGCUCAGAAGGAAAGCUUUCAAUUCUGAAGAAAAUUCAUUUUCAGUCUCAUCAUCACCAGCUCCCACCCAACUAAAACUGUUAAAAACUGCAGACAGAUCUGAACCUAUAGACUAG